AUUGCAGCUAUUGGUGGCAUUACUUAAUCAUGCAUCAGCUAAUAGGCUAGAUAUCUGUAUCAGUCCUUUGGCUUUGGGUAUCUAUACUUAUUUUCCCCUUGGCUCUACUUUGAACUCGAUCCAAUCAAGGUGUCGAGUGAUCAGCCCAAAUCAAAAGUGGGAAAAAAAAAUAAAUCUUUUUCAUUUGUGAAAAAUGAGCGACGCCAGCAGGAAUCGUGAAGCGUUCUCGCAACAGCAUCAGGUGGUGAAAAUAAACAACCAACUCUUUCCUGUCGCUUACUGUCUCUGCUUCUUAUUGGGUUUUGCGUCCAUCUUGAUACAGAUAGCCGUGCUGGUGAUCUCAGGUUCACUGCACUCGUAUGUCCCCCAUGGCCUCCACGACCUCGGCUUCGCAAUCUGGAGUGGCGUCUUCGUCUUGUUAGCUGGCUGUUUCGGAUUAGCUUCGACUUUCACACGAAAUAAUAUGCGUUGGAUCAAGUUUACUCUCCUGAUGUCGACGUUUUCAAUCGAAGCUUCGAUCUUCGCCGCAACUCUGUCCGGAAUGGCGGCUUCCAAUGGCGUUUCCACUGGCUGCUACGAUUCAACACACGGGGAAUUAUGCUCAACGUGGAUAAAUUUGGAAUGGAGCCUGAUGGCAGUAUGCGUAUUGGCUGCGAUCGAUUCAAUAGUUUUGAUCGCUUUGACGUCGGAUGUCUUUUGUUGCAGUAAUGAUAACAACGCAACCGCGACCACUGUCGGUCAUCAGGUAGUCAUUGGGACAGGGGACAUUGAGAAUGGAAACAGCCAACAACCGGUUGAUGUCAAACAACCGCCGACGAUGCAAUUAAAUGCGCAACAGCUGGUGUCAACACUUCAAUUACCCUGAUAUCCGUCUCACAGCUGAUUCAGAGUCGACAGACAACACAACCGGUUUCAGCAACGGGUCCCUCAGCUCUACCGCAAGCGCAACAGCACGUAGGCCUACUAGCGAGCACUAUAUAGUCACUAGUCAUAAUGGUUUUAUAAUUAAAUAAUCUAUAUAAAUAAUAUCCGAAUUUCAUGCUGCUUGAAUAAACGCUAAUUAUACAACGUGACUGCUGUUAUGCAUACGAGUGUAUUUUAUUAUAUAAAUUAUAUUCUAUGGACGUGGCUCGAAAAAAUGACAAAAUAAGGUUUUUUU